UACAUGCCUCUUCUUCUUUUUCCCUCUUUUGGUUUUUUUACUAGAACCCCAAAAUGGUGCAGCGCUUGACUUUGAGGCGACGUCUGUCGUACAACACCCGCUCCAACAAGAGGCGCAUUGUUCGUACUCCCGGAGGCCGUUUGGUGUACCAGUACGUGAAGAAGAACCCCACUGUUCCGCGUUGUGGUCAAUGCAAGGAGAAGCUCCACGGAAUUACGCCCUCCAGGCCCAGCGAGCGUCCCAGGAUGUCCAAGCGUUUGAAGACCGUUUCCAGGACUUACGGAGGAGUCCUGUGCCACGCCUGCCUGCGCGAAAGGAUCGUACGUGCUUUCCUCAUUGAGGAGCAGAAGAUCGUCAAGGCGCUGAAGAGCCAGCGGGAAGCUUUGGUGAAGCCCGUCAAGAAGGUGGUGGAGAAGAAGACGGUUAAGGCUGUGGCCAAGAAAACGGCGGGAAAAACCGCCGGAAAGCCGGGAGCCAAGGUCGCCGGCAAGAAGCCCGCCCCCAAGGGAGCUAUCAAGUCCAAGAAGUAAACCUACAACCUGACCCACCAUCCCGAAGGAUUCGUUUGAAGUUCUGAUAUUGGACAGCUUUUUGUAAUAAAGAAACUACAAACUGGA